AAACAAAGAGAGUAAAAAAGAAAAGAAAAAUAAGACGGAAUAUGCAUCAACAGUGAAGGAAUCGAGAGAAAAAAAAAAUGUUUAUAAAAGUAAUAAAUGAGGAAAUGAAAAAAGGAUAGUGAACGAACGAAGUGAAAAGCGUGUGAAAGAAUAAAAAAAAAAAAAAAAUCAGGAAUGAAAGAAAUGGCAAAGAAUAUUGAAUAUAAAAGAAAAUAAACAUUAAGCAUGAAGAACGAGAAAGAACACACCUACAAAAAGAAAAAAGAAAAAAGAAAUCAAACAAACCUACGAAUGAAGGAACUAGAAACAAGACAAGAAACUAAAAAGAAUACAACUUAGUGACGGCCAUCUGACGCUCCUCCCAGAUCUGAAGGAAAUUGUUCACAUCCAUUGAAAGUCUGUUCGGUAUUCGUUAACUUUGAUGACUUUUCGGACAACUUAACAGUAUUAGUUCGAUUCACAAUGAACUAAAUUCUAUGGACGAUGGUGAGUCACGGAAUUCAACAGCAGGCGGAGCGAUCGUUAUGAUAUUCGACAAUAGCUAUAUAAAUCAAAAUUAGCAGAACUAUCAGAGACGAUGGCUGUAUCCAUGACGUUGGCACUGACGGCGACGGUGACACUCUUCUGCCUUGUGGCUCUACUGGCACUCUCGGCGACUCGGGUGGACUGUCUUGAGCUGAUGGAGUAUGCUGACCUUCACAAAGACAUUGACCUCAGCUCUAACCUCGUCAGGAGAAACGGCGAAGAUGACGAAACCAGACGAACGCGCGAGCUACAUCGCUUGAAUGACCUGGUGAGCAAGGACAAGUCGGACAAGACGAAGGUCAAGUCGAGGAAGAAGAGGGCGACGCUCUACUGGCCUGAAGACAGUCAGUUCGUCGCUGAAUUUUACUUCACGAUCCCCAUCUCCGCGCCGUCAGGAGUCUCCAUCCCAUUUACGAUCGACGUGCCCUACAAGUUCACCCUGCCCAACGUUACAUCCAACAUCCUAGGUCGCGGCAAGGCCAACAGCAAGAACACGGCCUAUUUCAGCGAGCGUCUUGAUGUGUACGGUGUCGUGGAGGGAAUAUUCGAGAAAUUCGGGAUGAACGGAAAGGCAUGUAUGCUCCGCGCCGUAUGUGAGCGAGCGGAGAGCCAUCUCGUGGAAGCCGGGAUGCUGGGGGAGGUGAUCACGACCAUUCUCGCAGCCUCAUCCGCAUCAUCAUCCGAUGAUAUUUACGAAUACCAAACGGCAGAAUAUUACGGCAAGACGCAUGGGGACUGUUGGAAUCUGUAUCCAGGUUGCCCGAUGUCGCUCUUCAAUUGGAUAGAAUAAGUUUCCAUCAAAACUGAGAGUUGCAUUGCCGUUGCAAAGAGAUGGGUGUAUAUUUUAUCGAUGUACCGUGAAGUUUUUUUUCACUUUCUCUUGUAUUGGUCUUUUCUUUCUUUUUUUUUCAUUUUUUUUUUCUGGAAUAACUGAGGUCAAGGAGGAUUGAGUCAUAGAAAACGGGGGACAAGGGAACUUAGGAUAGGGGACUAUGUUAUUUAUAUUUUCGGGAAAGUUUCAAUGUUGUGAUGUAAUUUAUUGCAUUGAGGGUAAUUCUUAUUUCAGCAAUUUGAUUACUAAGAUGUAUCUUGAAAACGAUUGGUCAAAGAUUUAACAAAAUUAUAAUAAUGAUGACGAUAACAGUAGUAGAAAUAUGCAGAAUAACAAGAAAAAAAUAUCAUCAACUAUUAAUGAAAUUAAUCAUCCGUCAACUCAGCACGAUAGAGUUCAAUAUAGUGACCAUUAACACACGUCUUUGAGCUUUAAGGGAACUCAACUACAUACUAGACAGACUCACUGAUUUACGCGAUGAGAAAUAGAGCGAAACAUUUCAAAACAAGAAGAAGAAAAAGGCUGAAAUACAUGAAAGAGAGAGAAAGAAAAAAAAAUCGAGUAUGAAUAGGAUCGAAUGAAUAUCAAACACAAGAGUUCAUUACGCGACGUACAAAUGAUAACGUAUCUCACGUUUUUUUGUUUAUUUUUGCACUGUAAUUAUUUAUUUUACAUCUACAUAUUCAUUUCGUCUAACCUAUCUGUCUUAUUUAUUAUGCAUACAUGUAUAUUCAUUUCUACUAAUUUUUCGUUUAAUCUAUUAUUGAUA